AUGAGUUUAAUCCCGCACUCAAACAUCAGAGUUGAUAACUUCGAGUUUAUGAAGAAUGACCUCACCCAAUACAUAUUCUUUCUUUCUCAUUGUCAUGAGGAUCACGUUAAGGGUUUAAAUCCGUCCUGGAACUAUGGAAAAAUAUACACAAGUCACAUCUCUAAGAUUCUCAUUCUCGAUAAAUUCCCUCAUCUCAAGGAAUUUGUGGUAAGUCUAUUAAACCCUACUUUCUUUGCCUGGUUUACUGAAUCCUAAAACUAGAUUGAACUUGAAAUGGAUGAGGAGCAUUGGAUAUACCUAGAUGAUCAGAAGAAGGAAGGUGUUUCAGUUAUGAUGAUGGAUGCUUUCCAUUGUCCUGGCGCAGUAAUGUUUAUGUUUCGCGGCAAGAUGGGAACAGUCUUCCAUACAGGAGAUUUCAGAUUUUCAGAGCAAAUGUUUGACAACGAAAUCCUGUUCCCUCCACAGCGUCAUAAGGAGGAUAUGAGAGCAAUUUCAGUUGAUAUUGAUUACCUUUUUUUGGAUAACACCUUUGCUGACCCAGAAUAUGAUUUUCCCUCAAGAGAGGAGGCCUAUAACUCACUAACUGAUAUUGUAAAGAAACAUGGAUAACAUAGGAUAUUUUUGUUUUCUUAUAACCUUGGUAAAGAGGAAGUCUUUAUCAACCUAGCUCAGGACUUCGAGACUCUAGUGGUUGUAGAUGAAGAUAGAUACAGAAAGCUUAGUAUAAUGGACUUAAGGCCUGAUUUAUUCACAACUGAUGCUAAUCUUGGCUGGAUUCAUAUUAAGUCAAUCAAAAACUUGAAAAAAUUUGAGUAUGGUUUAUAUUAAUUGAGCGCUUAUUUAUUUUCUAUUAGUAUCGAAGAGUGUAACAAGGAAGAGCCCACCAUAUUUGUAAUCAUGACAGGGUGGAAUGACAAGUAUAACAGGAAUUUGCCAUUUUACUUUAAAGUUCCAUACUCAAGUCACUCAAACUAUAGAGAGCUUGAAAGGUUUGUUAGAGCGAUAUCUCCUAAAAAUUUGGUAUUUAAUGUCCCGGAGAGAUCAAUGUCAAAAAAGAGAUUAGAGUUUCAGCAUCAUCUGAUUAAAGAGUACGUUGUUAAGAACUAAAAAAUCGCUAAUCCUAUUCUAUUUAACCCUAAAAAAGGUUAUGUUUCUAACUAUAACUCCUAAAUCACUGUGAUAAAAAGUUAAAUUAGUCAAAAAUAAGGAAUAUCAAGCCAUUAGAUACAGAAAUAGAAUGAAGAGGUCAAGAAUGCUGGCUAUAUCUGUGGGGAUAUCAAUCUAUCUGAAAGGUUUAAUUUAAACAACUAAGAACUCAAUAAGCGAAGAUUCUAAGAUGCAAAUCAAAAUGUAUUCAAGUCUAGGUAAAAUGGCACGAAGCCAAAAGGAGCGAAAUUCGCUAAUUAGGAGCUUUAACUCUCUCUUACACCUAAAAAUGAUGAAGAUUUAUUCAAGCAGUUCAAUGGAUCUGAUGAUAUAUCGAUAGCUGAAAGUAAUCAUGGCAGUAAAAGACCAUCCAAGAAAAAAGAAUUUGGAAUAAAAAUAUAGCACAAUGGUUAUAACUUGAGAAAGUUAAGCGAUUAAAAGAUGAGGAGUCUCUCAAAUUCUGAUCAGAAAUAGGCAAUAUCUGAUAGGUAAAGGCUAAACUAUCCAGCAAAAAUUUAAGCUGCUGACUAGAAUUAAAAGAGUGACUUAGAUGUUUUACUAGAUUAUGAAGACUUAAGUGAUGAUGAAGAUAAAAACUAGUCUAAAAGUAAUCGUUUGGAAUCAAUAGCAAAAUAACUCUUCAAUAAUAAAGAUUAGAGUUCCUAAAGUAAUGUAGAGAAGUCUAGCCAGUCUUAGAAUUCUAAAAAGCGAAAGCUAAAUGUUACAUAAUUUGAGGAGAAUUAAGAAGUAUAGCCAGCUAAAAAAAGGCAAAAAACCUCUCAAACAAGUAGUCAAAGUGGUAUGGCAACUAGGUAAUAGGAAAAGAUUGCAAUAGCUUCAUAAUAGAUAUAAUAUUUGAAGCCAGAUAUGAUCUAGUAACUUAGAUAAAGAUACCAGAAAUCGAAGCAAGAAAUGGAAAAUAACAGAAUCUUAAAAAGUAAGAGCUGA